CUAUGCUCUGUCACUAUUUAUGGCUAAUGUCACUUGACGGUGUUGCUGUAGGGUAUGUGAAUGCAUUGAUUGACUAAGUGGUAUAUGGGUAAGUCCUCGGUCGAUGUCACACACGUGUCACAAUCGUCCGAAUGAAUGUCUCAUCACAGCUCUCCAGCGAUACAUCAUUCCAGCGCAUCUAUCUAUCUAUCUCCAUGCGCCGGAGGACCAUCUGCCUGUCCAAGCACACCGCACACUCAUGCGCAGCUCCAGCGUGGAUCAUGACUGCUCAUGAGUCGUGUGUGAAGAGUACGAGGCUGUAUCGCGAGAAGCCCUCGAACCCGUCCAGCACCUGACAUUGAAUACCACACUACACAAGAAUGACGAGACACACAUGGGCAAUACCUCGUGGCUGUACAGCAUGGACGGCAGGCACAAUAUGUCACGCGGCCCAAACUCAGGGAACCUCAAACCUGCACACACAUGGCACACACCACGACACCACGGCAACGUAUGCACACAUGCUACACACUUGGAUGAAGUAGCCAUGCUUCCUUCCUUCCUUCCUUGCCUGCCACCCCCCCCCCCCCAUCCACCCAGCCACCCACCCACCCACCCACCCACCCACCGAGAUUGUGUGCGACAAAGGGGGCCGAUCCCCGCGGGCAGUCGCCAAGAACAGCGAUGCCUGAACAUAUGAUUCCUGUUGUGCCGCCGCACGUUUGUGUGCAUGUGUGCAUAUCAGAGAGUGAAUGUCUGCGUGCGUACAGCAAUUGGUGUGCCAUCUGUCGAGGGAGUCGAAGUGCGACAGAGCCGCGGAGUCUUUGUUGAUGGUCAGAGCCAUGGCGUACCGCCCCUGCAGACAGGCACACAGAUGUAGCUGUCCAGGCAGUUGGCUGUGUCCAAUCAGCUCUUACACUUACUCACCUGCAGACGGAGCGGGGGCUUGCCCUCAUGAUAUCCAGACCUGCCAUUCCACACAAUCAGGAACCCAUCAGUGAUGGACGUAUCUUUCUCAUGCGCGUGUGUGUGCAGUCAAUUUACCGAUUCCUAGUAAACAUAUCGCCCAUGAGGAUCUCUACGUACUCGCCAAUCUACAAUGCAGUGCAAUCAAGAGAGACACAUGCAGCUGGUUGGCUGUGUGGUGCCUGUGUGGCUCUGUGCUGCCAUGGAAUGUGUGUUGCUUGCCUUGUUGAGGUGUGGCUGGAGAUCAUCGAGCAGAUUGAGGAGCAUCGGGUGGGCCUGCGUCUCCUUGGUGACCGUGGCCUGCUUCUGGCGGGUUCCCCAGACACCCAGAUGCAACCCCUGGUCACAAAAAAAGGCAUAUCUCAUACACGGGAACAUUAUCGCUUCCUGCAAAACGUACCUCUAUGCCUCGCGAGCUACCGUGAGGGCCCUGCGGCACACGACAGAGAGACAGGGGGGAGAGAAAGAGAUCUCCGCUUCUUUGUGAUUGGCUCGUGAACUCACGUCUGUGCGUCCGCUGACUUCACAUAUCGUUUGCGCUUUGUCCAGGGCAUCUGUGUGUUCGAUCAGAGUGAUGCCGUCUCUGAUGUAGAAGCCGACCAUACGGCCCUCGCACAGCACACCACACGAGUCGACCACAUCUCGCAGCAGAUUACCGAAGGCCAUCCGACACCUCAGACUGUGCAAGUCCAUCCACAGCCGCUGACAUACGCACAAGAGGAGGAUGAAUGCUGCAUGAGGCAUGGAUGCAGUCACCUUGCGUCUCUCCUUCUCAGCAUCUAUGAGACUCGUGAGCUGAGUCUUGGACAGGUCGAGGCCGCAUUCCCUCAGCUCAUUCACCACACUGCACACAUGUGGAAACAUUGGCUAUCAUGAUUUACCCACAUUGUAUGUGGGGCGGCUGUGUGCGUCCGUAACCUGGUGGGGAUGUGGUAGUUGGUCGGCCGUCGCACCAUGUGCCCGAGGGUGUGGACGGUGCCCACCUUCGACCGCACCUCAGAGGCGGAGAGCUGGUGCUGGUAGGCCCCCUCGUCGCCUCCAGAGGUCUCUCCUUCGAUCUCAUUGCUGUCGAUGCCAUACCUGGCGAUGGGCUGCACACAAGCAACAACAUGGAGACAGACAGAGACGAGAUAUGCGACAUGGAGUGGACACAUCACCUUUUCCAGCAUCCAACAAUCAUGUCGGGCAGGGAUGGUGCACUCCGCACAUACCGAACCGUCAGACCGCACAAAUCGAACCUCUACCAUAUCCUCACCAGACGCUGACAGACAGACACACAUACCCGUCUUUCUGUCACUAUCCUUUUUCGGCGCACACACACCCGUCUUGCGCUUGGUAGCAUACGUCAUCCGCAUAAGGUCUGUAUCCCUGAUCUUGACGGCCUCGAUGACGCCCUUCUCCAGCAAAUCAUCAGCUACUUCUACGCUGCACAGACACACAAGACAUACAUACAUACGCACAUGUGUGGGGGUAUCUGCGUGUGCUUGUGGCCGACCUGUCCCACAGCCUUGUGUUGACCCCUCCGUCCUGUGCGAGUUGUCCGCUGCCCAUCUGCAACUGCCUGCGUCCCUCCGACCCCUCCCCUCCCUGCCCCUCCCGCAGGCGCGCUUCGUCUAUCUCCACACGCCGACGGACGUCGCUGAAUGGCGCCGCCGCCCACAGAUCUUCCAGUCGCCUCACCAUCAUCCAUCGCAGCCUAUCACGGAUGUCAUCGUUCGAGCGGUCCAGUGGAUGGGUGGCGAGGAAGCCAGCUGCCUGCCAUGGCCCAUCGAGGCCGUAUGGCGGGCCUUGGCGGUCUUUGGCUCUCACGGCCGGGGUGGAUUUGCUCUGCGCACUCGGCCGCGGCGUGUGAUGCACUUCGGUGGGCGGAGGGGGGGUAGAGUCUGCUCCGUUGUUGGGGGCCUCAUCGGUCAUGUCGUCACACGCCUCUUCUGCCCCGUCGUCAUCCGCUGCUGCCGGGGCCGGUGCAUCGAUCGCCGCAGUGGUGUCCAUCUCGCCGCUGCGUCUCACCGGCACCUGGCGACGCCCUCCGUACGCCUUCUCGACGUCCACACCCAUCGCCGCACAGCCCACCAGGAUGAGACACAUGCCGUCCGUAAAGGACGCGCACUCAGCAUCCGACUCGGACGCCUGCCCUCCGUCCCACUGCCCCCCACGACUCGAGUGCAGCUGCACCGCCUGCUCGAGCAUACGGCGUAUGAUGAAGAGGUCUAUAGCCGGGCCGGGCCCGCCAUUCUCGCUCCGGUAGGCGCUGAUGUAUGCCUCUUGGAUGGUCAUGAAGAGCAAUCUAUGAUGGCCGGGCAGAUCUGAGAGGACGCGACGGAGCCUCUCCUCGGCGUCGCUCUCAUGCUGCUUGCCUGAAACAACAAACGCAGAGAGAUUGAGAUUAAGAGUCAGCACCGUUGUCUGGGGCGUCUGCGACCUGAUGCCUCCAGCAU